AUGGUUUAUCAAGGAUUUAAAGUUUUAAGAAGAAACCCUACCUUCUACAAUCCUAGAAGUGCUGGUAUGGUUGCUCUCUCAUACUUCGCUUAUAGUUAUUAUGUUAAUAAGUACUACAAGCCCUAAAAUUCUAAUUUCGAAGAAUACAACUCAAGCCAUCCUCAUAAUCAUGAUGAAAAAGUGAGAUAAUAUCAUGAAAAGACUAACUAAGCCAUUAGAGAUGCUGUCUUAGAAAAGCGCGCUGAACAUGAUUAGAGAUUAAGAGAAGAAGCCAAGUUGUGA